AUGCGGAGCCGGCGGGGUCUGCGGCUCCCGCGCCGCUCGCUCCUGGCCGCGCUCUUCUUUUUCUCGCUGUCCACAACCUUCCUCUACUUCGUGUAUGUGGCGCCCGGUAUAGUGAACACCUACCUCUUCAUGAUGCAAGCGCAAGGUAUCCUGAUCCGAGACAACAUGAGAACAAUAGGUGCUCAGAUGUAUGAGCAGGUGGUUCGGAGUGCAUAUGCCAGGAGGAAUAGCAGUGUAAAUGACUCAGAUUAUCCUCUUGACUUGAAUCACAGUGAAACCUUCCUGCAAACCACAACUUUUCUUCCUGAAGACUUUACAUAUUUUGCAAACCAUACCUGCCCUGAAAGACUCCCUUCUAUGAAGGGCCCAAUAGAUAUAAACAUGAGUGAAGUCAGAAUGGAUGACAUCCACGAAUUCUUCUCUAGAGACCCUGCCAUCAAACUUGGAGGUCAUUGGAAGCCCAGUGAUUGCAUGCCUCGUUGGAAGGUGGCAAUCCUUAUUCCAUUCCGAAACCGUUAUGAGCAUCUCCCUGUUCUUUUCCGGCACUUGAUUCCUAUGCUACAACGCCAGCGUCUGCAGUUUGCAUUCUAUGUUAUUGAACAAGCUGGUACUCAACCCUUCAAUCGUGCCAUGCUUUUUAAUGUUGGCUUUCGUGAAGCAAUGAGAGACUUGAAUUGGGAUUGUUUGAUUUUUCACGAUGUGGAUCAUAUACCAGAAAAUGAUCGUAACUAUUAUGGAUGUGGGCAGAUGCCAAGGCACUUUGCAACCAAGCUGGAUAAAUAUAUGUAUCUGCUUCCUUAUAAUGAGUUUUUUGGUGGAGUGAGCGGCUUAACGGUAGAGCAGUUUCAGAAAAUUAAUGGCUUUCCUAAUGCAUUCUGGGGCUGGGGUGGAGAAGAUGAUGACCUCUGGAACAGAGUACAGAAUGCAGGCUACUCAGUGAGCCGGCCAGAAGGCGACACUGGGAAGUAUAAAUCUAUCCCUCACCACCAUCGAGGAGAAGUGCAGUUUCUUGGGAGGUAUGCGUUAUUGAGGAAGUCAAAGGAAAGACAAGCUCUGGAUGGCCUCAAUAACUUGAACUACUUUGCAAACAUCACAUAUGACGCCUUGUAUAAAAAUAUAACUGUAAACUUGACACCAGAGCUGGCUCAGGUGAAUGAAUAUUAAGAGGAGAGAAGAUAAGUUUGUUUCACCCAUUACCAAGACAACCUGGUGAGAUAUUUUGUGAAUCUGCACGGGAAGAAAACAGGAAUACAUGGGCUAAUGAAGGAUCACAGGGUUUGAAGAAUACUAUUGCAAAAUGCACGCACAAAAUGUCUUCGCUGUCCAGGCCCAGUGUGAUUGUGUAGCAAGUUUGGGAGCCUCACUCAUCAGGACUUGCUUUCUCUUUUCCAAUGAUGGUGGUCUGUCCUGCUGCUCUUCUCUCCACCUCUCCAUUCCCUAUGUCCUGUCUCAGCCACAAUCUCCAGGACCAGAACUGUGAUCAGACAUGGCUGAUGUCCUGCCACGGAGCUUGUUCUUCUGAAUGACGUCUUCAUCUUCUUUGCUUUUGGAGGCAAAGAACCAAUCCCACUACAAGGGCAGCUGCCUUUAUGGAAGAGCAAAUGAACCACUCCUCAUCCAUCCUGCUACAUUUGUGGUGUUUUUGUUUUGUUUUUUAAUUACUUGGGGGGGGGUACAUAGAGAUAUAUAACUAUCGCUUCUUGAAGAAGCGAAAGUGUAAAUAAGCUGUGUAAAUUGCCUCUUCUUUUUUUUUAAUUUAAUUUUACUGUUGACUCAGAUUCAAGCAGAGAGUUUACCUAUUCAAUCACUUAUUUAGUUGACAGGUGCCAGGCUUAGUUUAAAUGUAGUUGCAGUGUAUCUUUUAUCACUGAAAUUCUGGCUCUUUGGGGAGACCUUUCAAAAAGGAACAAAAUAUCUGAUUUGUCUGUUUCAUAUCUUUUGUAGCUGAUGUCUCCUCUAUUUCCCCUUCCUGGCCCUGACUUUUCGUGUUGACUCUUAUUCUGGCCCCUUUUUCUUAAUCACUUCUCCCGCCCGUGGAGGGUGUGAAACAUGACUGUGCCUGCCCAGAGCCAGAUCCCUCACAAAAACUUGUGCAUGUGCCCCAGACUGUCUUUGACACUAUUCCCCAUCUUUGCUCUAUUGAGGAAUUUGGGGUCCCCGGAAAUCAACUAGUCAUUCUAGUUUAUUCCUAAAUUACCAAUGGCUUCAGUGGUUCCUCCUCACUUUGCUCUUUUUUCUUUUCAGAAGAGUUGUUUUGGUUAUUUUAUCAUUAACAAACAUUUGAAGUCUUUAAAAUUCAGCCAGGGAGUGGAUAACACAAAUAUGUCAGUGAGCAAAGCACAGCUAAAAGGAGAAUAUUGACCAACAGUCAGAGAAAGCUUUUGAAGUAUGAGAAUGAAGUACUCUCUUCCUAUCUCCUGUUUUUUGAGACCUGAUUCCAAAUUGCAUUUUGGUUGACGCCGCUUAAAUUUUCUUUGUGUACAACUCACUGAUUUCUAUAGGACCUGAAAAAAAUCUCCCAAAAUGUCUGUGCUGGAAAGCACCAGAUUUAUUUUUUUUUAACAUAACAUAUAUUUACAUAUUAUAAUUAGAAAUCCUCUCUGAAGAGUACUUCAUGUUUUCCUUUUUCUUCAUUUGCCUUAGUUUGCUUUAUACUUCCAUAGCUUUCAUGGUUUACCUAAGUAUGUAUGUAGGUGGGAAUUCUUUUUUUCCAUUGUUGCAUGUGUUUGGUUCCAUGGACAUAUGAUCCCCACACCCGUGGAGUGUGGGUGUGAUUGGCCAAGUUUGGUUGUAUUUGUUUCUUUGUCUCUUGGGGACUCAAUUGGUAUCUAGAAAAUGUGGUAUUAUAGCUUGUCAUACUUAUCAGCUUGUAUGAGAGUGCAGGAAACUGUUCUUGAGAAAGCUGGUAAGCUGUCAUGUUUUUUAAAAGUAUUUUGAACACACGUGCUUUACAACAACUUUAUGAGGGAACAUUAUACACAGGAUUUUUGUUCAUAGAGCAUAUAGCAAUAAAGAUUUGAUUUUGUUCCCUUCCCUUCCACCCCUUCCCCUCAAGAAAUUCAAAGACCCUUUUCAAAUUGACCCUACAUUCUCCCUCUUUAGUCCUGGAAGUGUAAGCACUGUAUCUAAUGCGAUGGUCAGGAUAUUUUGGAUUGAUUUGCUCUUCAGCUUUUUAACUUAAAUAUCCUCUAUGUGGUGGGUGAUGUAUGUGUAUAUGCCAAGAUUUUAAACUAAUUUCUAUUAGUAACAAAGCUCUUUUUUGAGAAUAUUUACCAUCUGGGAAAGACAACAUUGGCCCAAAAGUUUCACCUGAUUGAGGGGAGGGGUUGAAGGAACAGAUCGAAACACAACCUGAAAAGGUCCGUUUCAUUGCAUAAAAUAGAAUCAGUUGUAUUCAUUUGCAAUCACGGAUUUCUUUUUUCUUUUUUUUUUUUGUAAAGGUGGAAUCUCUUAAUGUUGCACUGUUUAGUCAUUUAUCCCAUAAGUCAAAUGUAGUAAGAAUGAAUGUGAUUGUUAAAAAAAAAACAAAAGACAAACAAAAACAUACAGGCAAGUGCAUGUUUUGUUAAUGGUGUAAAAGAAGGGCUCAUUUUAAAAAUGCAAACAGCCAGCCAACACCAUCUCAUAGAGUUUUGGCAGCUGGAAUUCUACAUGGUCGAUGGUGAGCCCCUCCUUCAGGACACUGAAGAGGAGAGCAUAGAUGAAAAAUGGAAGUCACUUCUCUACCCCAACCUACCCAAGCUUUGCCCCAUUACAGAUUUAUAUGGGGUUUCAAUUGGCUAAAAACUAUUUGGUUCUGAAUUGGUUUAGAAUCCUUGCCAAAGGUUCUUCUACUGAUUGCAGCUGAGCAGGAACUCCAAAUGUGGCUUAUCUGUAGUCACCAUUUCAGAUGGCAUCAAAAUGUAGGUCACUUUUGUCCAUCACUAGGUUUUUUGAACUUGUCCUUUAUGUUUUUAAGAGGUGCCAGGGGUACAUUUUUGCACUGAACUCUAAAGAUGUUUUAAAAAAAAAAGCAGACCACACACUUUUCACAAAAGUAGUCCUUUGUCAUUAUCUUAAUUACUCAUGUGUUUGUACAUUUUUGUAUGUUAUUAAUUUAUGAAUGAUUUUUUCAGUAAAAAAAAAAUACAUAUUCAA